AUGCUCCAAUCUGAAUUUUUGACUGAAGAACUCCACGUGGAGAGAAUGUUUCGUGUGUUCCUGAACGGAGAAAACGAUGAGAAGAAACUUCAAAUAAUGAAAGUUGAAUUUUUCUUCACGAACGGAGAGCACAACCGAGCAUUAGCUUUGAUGCGGGAGUUGGUAGAACGAAAAGAAAAGGAGUUCGAACAAGAGGAAAUCAAACAAGAAGAGCUUCUUCAUGUCCUACAAAUGUACUGCACCAAGUGCAAAGAGUACAAUCACCAUUUCAACGCUAUUUAUGGCUACCAAAAGAUCCUUGAGGUGGUACUUGAUAUUAAAACGAGCUCCGCAAACAAAUCAUUAAGAGAUUUAUCUCUGGAUGAGCUUACACUUUUGUAUGAAACCUUUUAUCAUAAGUAUGAGUGCUGUCUUGAGUUAGGUCUGAAAGGUAAGCGAAUAUUGGAACAAACUCAUCUCUCUUACACGAAAGUAUAA